AUGGCUAUAGGUGAGCAAGCUGAAGCGUUCAUAAAUGAAUUAGCAGCCGGAUUGAGCGACCCGAUUAAGCUUCGAGAGAUUUAUCAGAACAGACUGAAUGUUGACGAAUGGCCAAAAAUCGAAGAAGUACUUGACCACAUUCCUGAUCAAUCGAAGUUAUUUUACAUACUGUAUCAAGAUAUCAGGCUCCGAGCAAUUUCUGAAGAUGAGUCAACAUGGGGUGAAAAGCUCUCAAUCUACCAUAAUUAUCGAUUACUAUUGGAAGCAUUCAGUAAUCCGGAUUUGAACGAUGCGCCAAAUUUGCCGGUAGACUGGUUGUGGGAUUCAUUCGGGUUCCUUUUGAGUUCAUUCGUGCAGAGUACUAAUGAAAAGUGGUUGUUAUUAAGGACCAAUAGGAGCAUUUGCGAAUCUCUAGACGAAAAUGAAAAAAGUGCGUUCCAAACGCUAUGGGAUCCGUCGACAAUAGAGGAGCUGCUAUGCUCUUUAUUGCCAUCUGGGAGCAACAUGAAACAUGUGGCGAAGGCAACUUUAGGUAUAUACUACUUCGCAGUUUGCGAUUUCCAUGCCGGAUAUGAGAUGCUGUGCGCUCUUGAGCGUGACUUACAGCUGUCUUCCGCCGAAAGCCAUUACCAACGAUCGGAUCGGCAGAGGUUGAACCGUUUGAUGGGGCCGAGUGUUGUCUACUACAAGGCACUGUAUAAGAUGAUGAUUGGGCAUUUUACGGAGGCGUCCAAAGUCUUGGGUCGUCGGAACAGUGGUGCGAAUAAUUAUGGCACGGCAAUAGAGAAUACGGGUCUAAGGUUGGUUCAAGGAGAUAGUCGCACUCUGGGGCUUAUUAGUAUUUGUGAAACGCUCUCGACUUCUACGGACAAGAGUGAUAUUCCCGUCGAGGAGGUGUUCAGAUCAGCAUUGAUACCGCUCUGUUCUGCGUCAAAGUGUGCUGGCUGGGAAUUCGUUGAUUCGCAGUUAUGCUUGGAGGAACGAGUAGUUCCUACCUUUAUGCGAGCGUACAGUAUUGCGAAAGAAAAAGGAGAAUUAGUUAGUCUAGCAAACCUUUACCACAAUGUAACCCUGGAGAAAAUAGGUAAGGUAGCUAAUAAAAGCUCUACCUUCAAGAACCCAGGCGGUAUUGAGACAAUCCGUGCUGAUCUGCUUGACAAUUCUAACCUAUACUUGACGGGAAAUUCCGUUAACAUUCAGACCGUCGUGAAACAGGAAACCUAUACGGACACCUUUAACAAGCAAGUGAUGAGAGGGAAAGAACUCUUAGAGGUGCUGAACGGAAUGAAAGCGUGA